AUGCUGCUUCCUCUCUUCUUCUUCCUCCUCCUCAAUCCCCAUCUCUCUUCUUCAAUCUCCUUCCCCGAUUUCCAGAUCAUCGACGUUCUACAGCCUCCUCUCUCCCUCACCGGAACUCUUCCCGAUUUCAACAACACCCAUUUCUCCGAUGAGUCUAAAUACACUCUACGCCUUCUCCACCGCGAUAAAUUCCCCUCUGUUACUUACCGGAACCACCACCACCGUCUCCAUGCCCGUCUCCGCAGAGAUACUGAUAGAGUCGCCGCCCUUCUCCGCCGCAUUUCUGGGAAAACCGUAGCUCCCGAUUCGAAAUACGAGGUCGACGAUUUUGGGUCCGAUGUGGUUUCCGGUAUGGACCAAGGGAGCGGAGAGUACUUCGUCAGAAUCGGCGUCGGAAGUCCGCCGAAAGAUCAGUAUAUGGUGAUUGAUUCCGGUAGCGAUAUGGUUUGGGUUCAGUGUCAGCCUUGCAAGCUCUGCUACAAACAAUCCGACCCGGUUUUCGACCCUGCUAGUUCCGGGUCUUACACUGGAGUCUCCUGCGGCUCUUCCGUCUGCGACCGGAUCGAAAACUCCGGCUGCCACUCCGGCGGAUGCCGCUACGAGGUCAUGUACGGAGACGGGUCCUACACGAAAGGGACGUUAGCCCUCGAAACGCUGACGUUUGGUCGGACGGUGGUUCGAAACGUCGCGAUGGGAUGCGGCCACCGGAACAGAGGAAUGUUCAUUGGAGCCGCCGGGUUAUUGGGUAUAGGCGGCGGUUCAAUGUCGUUCGUUGGUCAAUUGACCGGUCAAACCGGCGGUGCGUUCGGUUAUUGUCUAGUGAGUCGCGGCACCGAGUCGACCGGUUCAUUGGUUUUCGGGCGGGAAGCUUUGCCCGUCGGAGCCUCGUGGGUCCCGCUGGUCCGUAACCCGCGUGCUCCGAGUUUCUACUACGUUGGGCUCAAGGGCCUCGGAGUCGGCGGCGUCCGGAUUCCUUUACCGGACUCCGUUUUCGACAUAACCGAAACCGGAGACGGAGGUGUGGUUAUGGAUACCGGAACGGCCGUCACAAGACUUCCAACGGCGGCUUACGCCGCUUUCCGCGACGGAUUCAAAUCUCAGACGGCGAAUUUGCCGCGAGCUUCCGGGGUAUCUAUAUUCGACACGUGUUACGACCUGUCCGGGUUUGUAUCCGUGCGAGUCCCGACCGUGUCGUUCUAUUUCACGGAAGGUCCGGUUUUGACAUUACCGGCGAGGAAUUUCUUAAUGCCGGUGGACGAUUCGGGGACUUACUGUUUUGCGUUUGCGGCGUCUCCGACGGGUUUGUCGAUAAUAGGGAACAUACAACAAGAAGGGAUUCAAGUUUCUUUCGACGGAGCCAAUGGCUUUGUUGGGUUUGGUCCCAACGUUUGCUAG